AUGUCAAAUUCUGAAAAUCAAUCGGAUUUAUCGAAUCAUUUAUUAAAAUCAAAUAGGAAAAACCAUCAAGAAUGUAUUCAAGAUCUGAACAAAUCGCUUCAAUUUGAUGUUUCACUUAAUGAGAAAUAUUUUAUCAAAUCAGAAAUAAAUCAGGUUUUAAAUUGUAAAUUAAUUUUAUCACACAUGAAUAUCAGUAGUGAAUAUUGUUCACAACUUGACUGUCAGAAAAUAUUAUGUAAAAUUGAAAAAGUUAUCGAUUGUUCAGAGAUAGGAAGUACUGACAAUGUUAAUGAAGAUUCCAUAUUUAUUAUGAAAAAGUUAAACUUGUUAGUUGGUUCAAAAUUAAAAAUAAAACCCUUAGAAAAAAAUUUAAAGUGUAGUGAAUGGAAUGAUGUUAAUGUGAACAUUGACUCAGAAUUGAAAAAUGAAAUAAAUAGUAAUUUAUGCAAUGAUUUAGAACAAAUAAAUAAAAAUGUGAUUCAAACAGUGACAAAUACAUUGAUCACAGGGGGUUUAGGAACUGGUAAAAGUACCUUAUUACAAGCAUUAAAAGAAAACUUUUCUCAAAACUUCAUAUUUGUUAAAAUGGUUUGUUGUAAAUCAAUAAGAGGGAAAAAAUUAGAAACUAUUAUUAAAAUUAUGACGGAAAAUUUAAUGAAGUGUUCUCGACAACAACCAUCUGUUUUGCUUUUGGACGAUUUAGACGCUUUAAUUUAUUCUUACGAAGAUGAGGAUUCACCUAAUAAAUUUUAUGUGGAACGUUUAGUGGAUACAAUAACAAGUUGCAUUAAAGAAAUUCAAAGGAAUUUUAAUGUUUCCAUAAUUGUUUCUGCCAAUAGUACGGACAGUUUGAAAAAUAUGGUUUUUACACAUGGGCCAAGAAUAUUUCAAAACGUUCAAAAAAUACCAGACCUUUGCGUACAAGAUAAAGUUUUUAUCCUGGAUAGCCUUAUCAGAGAUAGAGCAAAAGAUGUUAAGUUGGGUUCCCUAAAUCUGUAUGAUAUAGCAAACAAGACAAACGGAUAUACUAUUCAAGAUUUGUGUGAUUUAGUUAACAAAUCUAUUUUUAAAUGUUUGAUCAGAGAGAAAAAUUCACAUUUGGUUCAAAAUGAUUUUGAUUUGACCAUUGCUGAAUCAACUCCUUUGCUAUUAAAAAAAAUUAAAUUUAAAAAAAAUUCUGGAAAAAAAUGGGAUGACAUCGGCGGAAUGAAUCAUCCUAAAAAUAUACUCAUGAAAGUAUUUUCGUGGCCUUCACAAUUUCCCAAGCUUUUUGAAAGUUGUCCAGUAAAAUUACAUAGAGGCGUUUUAUUAUACGGUGCACCCGGAACUGGAAAAACCGUUUUAGCUGGAGCUUUGGCAAAUAAAUGCGGUUUGAAUUUUAUUAGCGUGAAAGGACCCGAAGUUUUAUCGAAAUUCGUGGGAGCAAGUGAAGAAGGAAUCAGAAACUUAUUUAUUCAAGCUCAAAAAACUCAACCUUGUUUGUUAUUUUUCGAUGAAUUUGAUAGUCUGGCACCGAAAAGAGGACACGAUAGCACCGGAGUCACCGACAGGGUAGUUAAUCAGCUUUUGACUCAAUUAGAUGGGGUAGAAGUUUUAAAUGGAGUUUGGGUUCUUGGGGCUACAAGUCGUCCAGAUUUAAUUGAUCCUGCUUUAUUAAGACCGGGACGAUUGGAUAAAUUGAUAUUUUGUCCCAUACCUGAUGAGUCCGAUCGGUUAUCGAUAUUAAAUAAACUUGGUAAAAGCAUGCCAAUGAGUCCAGGUAUUAAAAUUGAAGAAAUUGCUAAGAAAACAGAAGGAUAUACAGGUGCAGAUCUUCAAGCAAUUUUAUAUAAUGCUCAAAUGUUAGCUGCAAAACCCAAUAUUGAAAACAUGAAAGUCGAAAAGGAAUUUCAAAUAGAACAAAAUCAUUUAUUAGAAGCAUUAAAAACCACAAAACCUUCAUUGUCAAAAUCAGAAAAAUUAAAAUAUCAAAAUAUGUGA